UUGUUAUGGCAACUCUAGCAAACUAAUACAAUCGCCAAUCUCCGUCCCAGACUUACUGCAGAAGUGAUGUCAAAGAAACAUUUUAUGUGGAUAGCAUUUCCAUUCCCAUACGGCAUAAGCCAUGAGAGAAUAGUUCCGAGUAUGUGUUCCAUGAUGCUUGGAAAUCCAAAGUGUAUCUAUGGGACUGGCCCAGUGUAAGAGUGCCCUUUGUGAGGUCAUCAUUCCACUCUGGCUAGAUCUCCACGGAGGGAGACAUGCCAGCUUUUAAAGACCCUUGAGGAGCCAUCAUGCCUCACUUCACAAACCUUCUUUUGAGAAACAUCAUUAGCAGAAAUCUAUUUGAUACCGCCAAGAGGAAGCAAUGCCUGCAGUAUUUGAAAACCCUGAGAACGCUGCAAUACGAUGGAUUUAAGACCAUAUAUUUGGGGGAAGCUGAAAUCCCUGAAAGCCUUGUCACUGGGGAAGAUUUUAAUGACGGAUAUUACAUUCAGACUCCAACUUGGUGUAUUGUGCAUGCCGGUGGUAGUCAAGGAUGGGUGCCCUGGAAAUAUCGGAUGUUCCUAAGAGAUGAGUUAUGCGUCAAACAAGAAGACAACCUCUUCUUCGAGUUCUGUGAUGCAGCAAAGAAGGCCUAUGGGAGGUGCGCCAUUGUGGUCAAAGAGAGAAGGCUGCAGGAUGAGAUGGGGCCAAAGGAAGAUAAAGAGUCAGUCAUUAACUUAACGAGCAUCAUGUGUUGCCCUGAGGUGGCCAAGUCCUGUGGCCAUGAACUGCUCUCUCUGCCUUCCCCUUACAAUUACCUGAACCCUUUAGACACAGCCUGGUCUUUUCUGAAAUGGUUUAUCAUCAAUAACAGAAAGGAGUUUUGUUUGCAGUCCAUUGACAGUGUCUAUUCUUACCAGUAUAUACUUUUAAGUGAUUUAAUUAGCAAAGGGAUUGACAGGAUAAACCCAAGCAAAUGGAAAACACUAACUAACAAAGUGCGGAGAUGGGAAAACUACUAUCUUGGUAAAUUUUCUUGAGGGUGAUUCCUCCAACAAGUGGUGGGACUAUGCUACAGGCAUGGUCUUUACCAACUCCAUUGGGCUCGAUUCUGGACCACUGCAGCCAAAGACACUCCAACAGUGACCUCGCAGGGAUGCUGUGAGGACUGAGGCUCCUAAAGGCAUUGGCAAAGUACUUUAGGUUCACUGGAGGUUUCAUUAAAGGUCAUUGGUAAAUUAGG